AUGUCUUUGCAAAGAACGCCACCAAACAAAUUCUUAUCGGACGGUGACCUGUCAAAAUGUGAUGAACAAAUCGAUUACACCUAUUCUAGAAAACGAAAAGUACCCCAUGAUCCAGAUAUGAGUGAACUUUUUGGCAUUUUUGAGGAAAGGUUGAAGCAGCAAAUGGUAUUAUGGAAUACAAAUAUUAAUGAAUGCAUCUCAAACUGUGUUGCUACAGCAGUAAGCUCGGCUAUGUCUACAGAGCUAUCCAAAAUAUCUACAUUAUUAAGUGAUAUCAAUAAUAACAUAGUCAAGUUGAAAGCUGAAAAUAUCAAAAUAAAUAAUUCUAUCACCCUAUUUAACAACCGUUUAAAUGAAUUUGAAAAAUCAUUGAAUUUCUCGUCGGAUCGCCUGGACGAGUUUGAUACUCGUAUCAAAUCAUUGGAGAGUGGAACAAAGACAUCUGUCGACUGCGAGGGUAAAAUAUCAGUCCUUGAAAAUAAAAUCUUAAACAUGGAACAGCAGGCAAGGGAUUGCAAUAUUGAAAUUUCUAAUCUCCCGGAGCGACGCAGUGAAAACCUUUUGUCUAUAUUAGAAUGCCUAGGAAACGAAAUCAAACAUCCUAUACGUUCCACGGAUAUUGUAGCCAUUCAUCGAGUACCUCAUGGUGAUCAAAAGGAUCGAAGACCAAAAAAUAUUGUUGUUAAGUUUACCAGUAAACUAAAACGCGACAAUGUACUGGCUGCGUGUCGCACCAUGAAAGGCUUGGACUCAGCAAGGCUAUCCGUAUCAGGAUCACCAAACUCUGUGUACAUAAACGAACACUUAACAUUACACUACAAACUAUUAUUUCGCCGGUGUCGUGAAGUUGCUAAGCAAUGUGAUUAUAAAUAUGUAUGGAUUAAGCAUGGCACAAUUCUCGCUCGCAAAUCGGAUACAUCGCCCGUUAUUGCUAUUAAAACAUCAGCUGACAUCUCCAAGUUCAAGUAA